AUGUCUUUCUCAUACAAACACUUCCUCCUCAUCGGCGCGACCUCAGGCAUCGGCAAAGCAAUGGCCGACCGGCUCAUCGCAAGCGGCGCCAAAGUAACAGCCGUAGGAAGACGUCAAGAUCGACUGGACUCGUUCGUGCGCCAACACGGCGAAGACAGAGCGAGUGCGAUCGCCUUCGACAUCAGCAAGACCGAGCAAGCGACUCAGUUCGCCAAAGAAGCGUUCGCCCAGCACCCAGAUAUCGACUGUGUCUUUCUCAAUGCAGGCGUGCAACGUCGCCACAAUCUGACGAGCCAGGAGACAUUCAAGCUGGAUGAGUUCCUCAACGAAGUCCAUGUCGAUUUCACGAGUGUGGUGGCUCUUGCUCAUGCUUUCUUGCCGUAUCUUACGGCGAAGACGGAGCCUGUUAGCUUCAUCUUUACCGGGACAAACCUCGCGAUUGUCCCCGCUUGCCCCAUGCCGGCUUAUUCGGCAGCGAAAGCAGCGCUGAAUGCAUUCGUUCUUUGUUUCAGGGAGCAGCUCAAGUCGACCAAUGUCAAGGUGAUUGAGUUGUCUCCGCCCGCUGUGCAGAGUGAGCUCCACGAUUACAUGACACCAGAAGUCGGGCGGAAGGUCGGUAUGCCGUUGGAUCAGUUCAUCGAUGAGGCAUUCGCAGGAUUCCAGGCUGGUAAGGAUCAGGUGGUGGUUGGCAGUGUUGCCGAUGAGAAGACGUUCUACGAGGUUCUCAACAAGCGACGGGCGUUGUUUGAGACUUUGUCGAAGCUCUUGGGCUCAGUAUAG